AUGCAUAAGUUGGUGGGGCAGUUUCUAAAGCUAAACCCGCCGAGGUUCUCAAAAGUAGGUGAUCCCGAGGUUGUAACCCUAUGGAUCCAAGAAUUAGAAAAAGCUUUCGCACUACUAAGGUGCUCAGAGGAAGACAAGGUUGUCCUUGCAGUCUAUCAGUUGCAAGGAAAUGCAAGCACCUGGUGGAGGGCCAUCAGGGGAAGAGUGUUUCUUGAAGAUGUGGUCCCGGGUCUGAUGUCUGUGGACCAAUAUGAGGCAAAGUUCGCUGAGUUGUCCCAGUACACCCCCGGACUGAUUGAGGAUCCAAUAGACAGAGCAAGGAGAUUCCAAGAUGGACUGAGACUGGAGAUAAAGGAUCCAUUAGUGCCGCUUAAUCUGAAGGAUUACAACGAUAUGUAUGAAAGGGCACAAUUGAUUGAGAGAAACCUAAAUGAACAAGCCGCCGCAUCUGGGUUGCGGUUUGGGUCCAACAGAGAUGGAAAUUGGUUCGAGAAGAAGUCGAUGUCUGAAGGAAGCUUACCCCUAGAAAGGGAGAUUGAGCUCGUGAUUGAGUUGGCCCCCGGGACGGAGCCAAUCUCUAAGGCUCCUUACCGUAUGGUGUUAUUAGAGUUGAAGGAACUAAAGGUGCAUAUGCAGGAGUUGUUGGACAAAGGAUUUAUACGUCCUAGUGCAUCGCCUUGGGUAGCACCAGUUCUGUUUGUGAAGAAGAAAGAUGGGUCGUUGCGCCUUUGCAUUGACUAUCAACAACUCAACCGAGUGACGAUCAAGAACAAGUAUCUGUUGCCAAGGAUUGACGAUCCGUUUGAUCAGUUACAUGGAGAGUCGAUAUUUUCUUAG